CCUUUGGAACGAGUCUCUGCAUCAAGGCUGCCCUCUGUCGUAGUGGAAGGCGACUACGACCAAUUAACACUCAAGGAAUCAGAGAUGGAAAGUCCUCGUAUUGGUGUGGUGAGAGACUCGAUGAUCCAUCGUCCUCUAUUGAUUAAGCCAACUCUUGGAAAGGCAAAGUCGAGGGGACUGUCCUAUCCAGGACCUGAGUUUGUUUUCGGGACAGCAACCACAGUACAGGAUGGAGGAGUACAAGAAGCCAUCUCCAACUGGCACACUCACACUAUGUCUACCACACACCGAGCAGCUGAGAGGGAUUUUAUUGCCCUGAACAGAGAAGGGGUGAAGUCAGGCUUGGUCACUGCUAAAGAGCUUCACCAGUACCGCGCCACUCAUGACAUACGCCGCAAACCGCUGACCAGAGAGGGCUUUCGCAGGUCUGCACCACCUCGCUUAUCACCAGACCAUUCAUUCUUCGUCUCUAACAGGCCAUCUACUCCAAUCUCAGAGCUUAUCGAGUACAAGUAUGCUCAGAGAUGGCUGGAAGAGCAGCAGGUCAGAGACAGAGUCCUCCAGGCCCAUCAGCAUAAGAAGGCUCAGCUCGGACGUAUACAGGACACAAGAACAACCCUGCUCCGAAAGAGUCAGCCCUUGCCUGAGGCUCCGUCCACGUGGAAACUGCCUCGAUUCCAGAAGGUGGGAGCGGCUCUGGACCCUUUCGAGAUCCUGAAGCCCGGAAAAAAGCCAUGAACGCCAGUGCUCUGAG